GGAACCUUUUCGGAGAGCUUGAAUGACUCCGAAAAUGCUCCUACAGUACUCAUGUUCAUAGUAUACUAAACAGUAUAGCGACAGCUAAAAGACGAUGCAUACAAGGGAACCCGACUUGUCCUCCCCCCAACCUUCCCCUGACCUUCCCCUCAUCCCAGUGCCUACUGGCGGUCUGUACCAAGUCUGUACUCUCCAGUGACCCGCUAUCUUGGUCGCGCACCCUUUGAAAGGGUCUACGGCUUUGUCUGAGCAUCGUGAAUAGCAUGCUGCUGCCGCGGACUCUACUCUGUCUUGCUCAAGCAUGGCUCGUUCUCGCCGAUACUCAGCUGGUUCUGAACCAGCUACAGACGUUCUCUGCGACGACCUCGCCUCUGACUUAUUCACUGCCAGCUUCUUCGGAUCCCGUCUCUGUGUCUGUGGCACUAUGCUCGUACCAGAAGUCGACCACUCCACGAUUCUUCGUUUCGAAUGGGUCCGUAACGACGCCCGGACCAGACGACCUCGGGGAGGGAGACGUGUUCGAGAUUGAGCUCGACGACUAUUCGCUGGGGAGCGUGACGGUGCAAGUGGCAAGCGCGGGCGUGCUCGCCGUGUACAAUGCGGCGGACAUGUCGUUCGAAGUGGGUGUCUCUGACGAGGGUCCACUACACCAAGUCUUGGAUGAAGUACCAUUGUUCAGUGAUAGCACGGCGAACCAGGUGCUCAUGUUCUCCCCUCCAUUCUCCCCUUCAAACAUGUCUUCUCCAUCAUAUCCGAACUACACGCUUCCCGCAGCGAAUCAGACGUUCCCGCCAGAGCCUACGUCACCACCAGACUACUCGCUGUUCAUCGCAGCCACGACGUCCUCGGCCUUCAUGACAUUACCUCGGACUGGCUGCGCGUUCCGCGGCUCCGCAAGCAACGUCGGGCAGUUCCUCACAUCAUCGCGGAGCGAAGGGCUGUGGCUGCGCGAUACCGACGGCUGGCGGUGGCAGUGGUUCGUGAACGGUCUCGUCCCGAUGACGAACUACACAGCGUACGCGGUGAAGAACGAGUCGCAGGUCGCCGGGCCCGUAUACUUCGCCACGAAGUCCCCUGCGUUUGCCUGCCCGAUCGUGUACGGCAUCCCCUUCUGCCCCUCCAUAGGCUACGCGGCGCCGGUUGGCAACAACGACCCCGGCACGGGCGUGAGCGCGGGCGAGCUCCCGAGCGCAUUCACAGAGAACCUGCUCAGCGGGCUGUCGAACUUCACGACAAUGCUCACGACGAUCGCGUGCGGGCGCGACCUCUACAGCCCACUGGUGACCUGCGCGGACUGCCAGGCGGCGUACCGCAACUGGCUCUGCAUCGUCUCGCUCCCGCGCUGCGCCGAGUACGCUUCUCCGACCUCCUCGUCGACCACGGCGGCGUCGAGCACGAGCACGAUGCUAGGGCAGGGUGCGCAGGAGCCGCUGAUAACGCCGACGCCCGCGCUCGCGAUGCAGAACGCGUCGAACCCGCGGAACCCGAGCCUCCCGCCGUUCGCGGAGAACUACACGGCGGUGCUGCCGUGCCUCGAGGUGUGCCAUGCUGCGGACCGCGCGUGCCCGCCGUUCCUCGGCUUCCAGUGUCCCUUGCCGCAGUACACCGCGGGCCAGAGCUAUGGCGUGGGGUUCGUGGACACGGGCGAGGAGGGCGUCGUUGGUGGCGGGCUGACGGGCGCGGGCACGGAUCAGUGGGGGAAUGUGUGGUGCAAUGGGCCGGGGGUUGUGUGAGGAUGGGCUGGGUUCUGGGUUGGGUUUGGGUUAUUUGGGUUCGGAUUCGGAUUGGGUGGAUGGGUGGACCUUCUCAGGUUUGUGAACACUUGGGGCUAACUUCUUUCGAACCUUGUCCGAGCACAGACUGUUUUCUUUUAUCAUUCUAUCACAAGACUCCAUGGACCGCCAGAUUAUCUGCGCUGGCGCCGCCUCGCGGUGUCUGUGACGGUGGCGUAUCUUACUGGCAGUCUCGAAUCGCGCAACUUACAGCGGCCCGUUCAUAGCUUUGCAACGUGCUGAACCUUGCCUGGUAACUGCUCAGUACUUUUCUUCACGGGUCACCGACCUGCAAACACGUUGGCUAGGCUUAUAAGACCGUUCGAGCGUAGUCUGCUCGCUGAC